AUGGCGGCGCGACUGCUGCGCGGCUGCGGGCGGGCGGCCGCGGCGGGCCGGGCCCCGGCUCCCCGCCGCCUCCCCGCCGCGCUCGGGCUGGGCCCCCGCCGCGGCUGCGGGGAGGCGGCGGGGCUGCGGGCCAUGGGCUUCAGCGAGGAGCAGGCCCGGCGGCUCCUGGGGCUCCGGCCCCGGCUCGACCCGCGGCGCCGGGAAGCGGCGGCGGCGCAGCUGCUGCUGCUGGGGCUGAGCGCCGAGGCCGCCCUCGGGCUGCUGGAGCGGAGCCCGGGGCUGCUGCGGCUGCCGGCGGAGCGGCUGGAGGAGCGCGCCGGGGAGCUGCGGCGCCUGGGGCUCGGCGGAGGUCGGCUGCAGCGGGCCGUGAGCCGCUGCCCCCAGCUCUUCACCUUGCCCCGGAGGAGGCUGGCGGCGGCGGUGCGGCUGCUGCGGGAGCGGUGCCUCUUCACGGCGGAGCAGCUGAAGGAGGUGCUGGCGACCAGCCCCGCCGUGCUGCUGGAGGAGCCGCGCUGCCUCCACCACCACUUCCAGUACGCGUACUUCAGGAUGGGGGUCCAGCAGAAGGAGAUGGUGAAGGCCCGGCUGUUCCAAAUGCCCUUCGCUGAGCUCAGGACCCGGCACAUCUUCCUGGAGCGCCGGGGGUUCUACCAGACCCCCUGCAAAGGCCAGACCACGACCAGUAACCCGAAACUGAAGGACAUCCUUCAGCUCCCGGAGAAAGACUUCCUGGCCAGCCUGGCCCACUCCACCCCAGAGGAGUAUGAGGUCUUCAAGAAGCUGCUAGCCCGAGAGGAGGAGGAAGAGGAGGAGGAUGACAAAGAGGAGGAGGAUGAGGAGGAAGACGGGGAUGCGCUAUACCUGGAGGAAGAUGAAGACUUGGGCACUGAGAGAGGUGAAACAGCCCAGAAGUGAGGAGGUGAGGCUCCAGGGUACCUGAGCUCUCCCAUGCUGCUGCCCUCCCCGGCCCCGUUGCCCUCACGGGUGCCCUGGGCCCUCACCCCACCCGGGCAGGAGCUGUGGUGGCUGCAGGAUCUGCUGGCUUGCUGGCCAUGGGGGCCAGUGUGCGGAGCCCCCGCUGAGGGGCAGCAAUAAAACCCAUCUACCAGAAUA